AGUGAUGAAGGCUUCAGUAGCUCCAGCACUGAAGAUGUACCUGACCCAAACUCAAGCACGUUGCCUUCCAAGGGGACAGGACAGUGCAGUAUCAUACAAGAAGAUGGAAGAGAUACGGGCUCUGAUGCCUUACAGCAAGCUGCAGAAGCAAGGGAGAGAUGUCUGCCUAUCUCAGUGCCUGCAGAGGGCUGUUUGGAGGAUGUCACAGCAGACCUUGCAAGCAGCAGUGAUGUAUUGCCAACCUCAAACUGCAAUGAAGCAAAGAAUGACAAAGAGGAGGGAACAGCACACGGUGUUUCUGAGGACAGAGGCCCCAAAUGUGACCCCGAUGCACCUGCUGCUCUGAGAACUGGUGGGAAUGAUCCUGGGAAGCCCAGCCCUCCUGCAGAGCCUACAGAGGCACGUUUGAGGGAGUCGAGGACCCCGUUGCAGAGUGAGCAGCUGGGGGGCAGGGGGCAGCUGCAGGUCAGCAUCUCCCCCCAGGGUGCAGGAGCAGGGGAUUAUUUUCCUGCCCAGAAGGCUGAACAGGAGCUGGGAUUUUGGGAAGUAGGUCAGGCACAAGCUGUAGUGCAGCAAGGUAGACUGAACACAGAUGGUGAAGAUGGUCUGCUAAUGAGAAAGGAAACCUUAAUCCCAAAUUACCCACCAACAGGAGCAGUUGUAAAUGCUGCAAGACCUGAGACCAGGGAGGUCUACAGCCUGCAGGUGGGGGCUGUAAUGACAGGAAAUGAGGUAACCUCAGCCCAAAGACAAGGAGCACCACCAGCAGCUUGCCCUUUAGUGCCAGAGCUGCCUUUUGACCCCCCAGAUCUUCUCCCCGUGCCAAAGCUGGAAGAACCUUUCAGGGAAUGUAUGCCUGCAAACAACUACCAACAUCCAAUGAGAAGUGAAGCGGUGGGAACAGCCUCUGAGAAAGAUGAAGCCAUUUCUCAAAGAGAGCUUCCAAAGGAGGAUGAGCUUGUUAGUGCUGAGCCUUCAUCGUUUAAGCAAGGGGAAGAGCAAAAAUCAGCUGUCAGAACUGAAAGCCAAAAAGAUGAAGCCAGUAGCAAUGAAAUCAUAAAAGCUGAUGUGUCUGGAGAGAGGUCUAUGCUUUCUGAAACAGAGAGUGUUACCAGUCCCACUGAGGACAAUUCCCUGGUAGAUAACAGAUUAGUGUUGGAAGAAUAUGCAUUAAGAGGUUCUCUGAGCAGAUCUAUGGAAAUGAAUCGAAAGAGAACUGAAUCAGUGAACCUAACAGGAGAGCAAAACACAACACGAGCAGAGGAGGCACGAGCAGACAGUGGGUUACCUGCGGGGUCAGAUUUGGCAGAAAGACAACUGCUGAGCUCCCUUGGCAUCCACAACGAGGAUGCAAGAGAAAUCCACCUGGGACAAAGCCCUGAAGCACCCAGUCCUUGUGCUAAGGCUGCAGCAGGUGAGCUGAAGGAAGGAGCUGUGGGAAAGCCCCUAAAUGUAAGGGGUGACUUGGAAUCCCUUGAAGACCACUCACAGUCUCUUGGCUGUAGAGCUGAACAGCAGCAGGGUGGAGGGAAAGCAGCCACCUCAAGUGCCCUGGAGAGCAGGGACAGCUUUGUGCUGUGCCCGAGGGCACAGUGCCUGCUGGGCUCUGCUUGCUGCCAUACUAAGGAUACAGCUCCAGGGCAGCCAGGCCGUCAUGAGGCUGAGGAGGUUUGUUCAGCUGGUGCACACAGUUCACUGCUCCUCCACCCUGAGAACAAUGGCAUUAUGCUGAGUGGGCAGGGUGAAGCCUGGGAAAAGGCUCUUGCUGGAGAAGCUGUGUUAGGGAUUGACUGCCAAACAGGCAGUCAAGGACAGCCCGAAAGCAGCAGCAAGGCUGGAGGAAGUAUGGAAACAUCCACAUCAAAGCCUGAACUUCAAGGCUCAAAUGAGGUGGCAGAGAUGGGAGGCUGUGCUGUGGGAUACGCUGAGGAGCGAGUGGCUGCUGCUGGGCAUGGUGAGGAGCAUGGAGAGAUGCAGCAUGGCUCUGAGGGGAGCACAGAGCUGGCAUCAGGCACCGAGUGCCAAGCUGCUGUGCUGAUGCCAGCUUGGCAGGAGCAAGUGGCUGCAGAAAGUCAAUGCAAUGCACAAAUGACCACUGCAGAAACUUUGCCAACUGAAGUUGGUACAGCAGAGCCUGUUCCUUGUCUGGCUUGUGUGGAAGGAGGGAGUGACAGCAUCGAGGGGAGCAAACACCUUUCUGUGAGUAACAAGAAGAGCUCUUUGGAGUGCAGUUUGGAAGACCUAUCUGAGCGUGAUGAGCACAGCCCUUCAGAGACCCUGCAGGACAGUCCUGGAGAUCCGCAAGCAAAUGCAGAUGUUCUGGCUGCUCUUCCACAAGUGGAACAGGUAGAGAAAUUGCUGACUUCAAACCCAGGACUCAAACACCAGGCACACCAAAGUGCACUGAUGACUGCCACGAGAGCGGAUGAGCAGGAACACAAAGAUGGGCCUCUAAACGUUGAGCAGCUUUUGGAACUAACGGAUCCCAGCAAUGCAUCAGAAAUGCCUCCACACAUGAAUAAAGGAGCUCUGCUGGGUCCUGCAGAAUUCCAUUGUGGCUCCAGCACAGCAGAAGGAGAGGAGGAAGAUGAGAGCAGUGCUGAGAUAUUGGAGGGUGUGUGCAGCAGCAAACACCUGCAAAACACUUCUGGUGUGACCGUGCUUAAUUUGCAAAAUUGCACUGAGCAAAACAAAACUGAUCUCAGGGCAGAAGAAAGCUGCUGCAGUAAGCAGAACUCAAACAAGCCCAAGCAGGGCAAUAAUUCUUUGAUCCCAGCUAGUCAGCAUGAGGAAGCAUGUCGGAAUGAUACGAUUUCUAAAGAAUCUGACAAGAACGAAGGGCCAGUCAGCGUCUGCGGGAUGAAAGGCAGCGCUGGGGAGAGCCACUCUGCUGCUGUAGAUGCUCUUCCAGGAAUGCAGCAUUCAGCAAGUGCCGUUAACGUACAGCAGGCUUUGCCCAGUAAUCCUGAAAUAGCAUCUACUUCUGAUAGUGCUGGGAGAAGUGAUCCUCAAAUGGCCAGCUCAGGAAUUCAAGGGGAAAUGUGGUUGGCAAAAAGCUCAGAAGAAAUGGAGGGUGUGAGUGCUGCUGGGGGCCUCCCCCAGAGGGGUGGGAUUAUGGAGGUGAGUGUGGAGGAUGAUGCUGGAGUUGAAGAAAUGAGCAAGAUGGAAAGUGCCAAAGGUCUGGGGGCAAAAGGGUGUCCUUCACUGCCCCAGGCACAUGGUGAAGUGAUUCCUGCUGCUAAGUCCCAUAAAUCCAGCUGCAUGCAACAGGCAUCAGAGGAGCCUGGUUUGUGUCAAGCCAAUUUUACAGCCCCCUCUGCACUGACCUCUGCAUUCCAUCAUCUCAGCCAGCAAGCUGGAAGCAAUGCGGACAGUGGUACUGAAGGGGAAUCAUUAAAUAACAAGCUGGAAGCUAUAGAGUUCCAGAACACACAAAGUAAUACUCACGGGCAGAUUGCUGCAGGUCUUCAGGUGUCCUUGCAAUCACCUGGAGUAGGCACAGGGAAAGCAGCAAAGGCAGAAAACAGCUCUGCAGGGGGCCUGGGUGGGGAUGGAGAAGGGGCUCAAGAGCAGGGAGUUCAAGGUGAUGGAGACACACAGACUUUAAAUGUGGGGCAGAGUGCUGGAAACUUAUCACAGUUUAAUGCUGAGAAGCUGAAGAAAGAGCUAUCUGCAAUUAAAUCCAAAGAAACAAAAGGUGAUGUAAACUUCAAAGAACAGCAGAGUGACAGCUCGGCAGAGCUUCUGCUCGCAGCCCCUGCUCUGGAAGGGAAGUUGCUGAGCCUUUCAUCUGCUGGUAAACAGGGAAGCUGUAAUGAGGAAAUUGCAACCCGUAUCUGCGCAGAUGACAAGUACGGUGAGAUCUUAGAGAAAGCUGGGAAUGCAGAGCUAGGGGAAGGGGUUUUAAAGGAGAAUAAGAACAGAAGGAGGGCAGAGAGCGGUGCUCGCAAGCAGCCUGCGGAGAGCCCUGCAAAGGAGCAUGAGGCUGUGCCGUGCCUCUCGCUGGGCUCCAGCCUGCCGGACUUCAGGGAGCACAUCAGCCAGAUAUUCAGGCAAACAGUCUGCAGCACGCUGAGCACCGAGUUACCCCAGCUGCCAGCAGAAAGCCAUGCAGGCUGCAUGCAGAGCCCAACGACUGAAGGCACGGUGCAACCAUGUGGUGCUGGGAACUUCUUGGGGUCGGUCGAGGUGGGCACAGUAUCCAAGAGCCCCUUGCAGGCAGAAGAACUGGAGCUGCCUUUAGCUCUGUGCACGGCUCCUGGAUCUCUGCAGCAGGACACAGUGGCAGGGCUGCAAGGAGAGGAAAGCAGGCAGCCUGGUCUAGGCGAGGUUCCCUGCUUGGAGGGCUCUGCACAUGCUGCGUGCACACCGGAGAACCUGCAAAAGGCAAAUGCUGAGUAUCUAAAGAGCAGUGGGAUGGAAGGAGAGGCAGGGCUGCGUGCAGGUGGUGUGGAGCCUGCGUCGCUAAUGGGCUUAGAGGAGAAGAAGCAUGGACCGGCUGCAUCUGAUGGGGAAGCAGCUGAGAACUUCCAUUUGGAGGAGAAGCAACAGCCCAGCACAGCCAGCAUCCCGACAGCAGAGGACUCAGAGGAUGCUGCUCCAACAGAGAGCUCAAUGACAGAGCGCAGCACCAAGCCACCUGAGGAGGGUGUGAGCUGUCACAGUGAGCAGUGCCUAGGUCCUGAGCCAAGAGAAGAGGAGAAUGGGUGCAGUGAUCUGGACACCGCCACAAGCAUCUCUGAUGUGGCAGCUUCAGCCCUUCUCCCAGGAGGGUCUUACAGCUGUGAAAAACUGCCAGACAAUGUUAGCAUGUCACCUGGGGAAAUUCAGGAGUCAGGCACCCAGAGCAAUUUUAUGCAUGACGUUGAGGCACAGAGUGACACACGGGUGAUGCUGGAUGAUCCAGGAAACAGGGAAUGCAUGGGAACAUCAGAAGGUCCACAGGAGGAGAGAGGAGCCAUGCGUGAAUUAAUGGAUUACUUAAAAAAUGAAGCCAGCCAGGAUGGCUGUAUGCACACCAACUCCCAGCUGGGAUCCAGUGCUGAGAUGGAGGGAGACGUACAAGAGAACAGUGACACAGUGCUGAGCUCAGCAGAGGCAGCCACCGGAAAACCUGGAGCCAUUCCUGAGAUGGGCACUGAAAAACCUGGGGAUAUCCCUGAAACAGGCACUGAAAGACCUGGGGACAACUCUGAGACAGGCACAGCAAGGAUGCUGGUCACUGCUGAAGGUGGCUCGGUGUUAAGCAGCAGUACUGGGGAGCAGGAGGCAGAGCUGCAUGGAGACUGCUCCACAGCCACCGCUGGGAUGGAGCAGGGAGAGUGCUCCCCAUGCGCAGGCUUUGCUGGUGCUGAUGUUCAUCUGAGAGGGACAGACCUGGGGCAUGAAGGCUCACUGCAGGACACCCAAAGGAUGCUGUCCCCGCUUGCGUUCCAGGAGCCUGAGACGCUCGACCUCAGCACGCUUCGAGACACGGCUGUGGCAGGGCUGCCCACUGACAGCCCUCCUGGGCCAGGUGAUGAUAUACAGUUGGCUUCUGCCCUUGGUCCUCCUGAGCAAUCCCAAGCUGUUUCUACGGCUUAUGGAAAUGUUGAGCCCACGGAUGCUGCUGAGCUGACUGCAGCAAGCACUUCCAAGUCUGAUAGCUGUGAAGAAGCUGCUGGGCUCAUUUCUGGGGAUGUGCUGGUGGCUGCAGCCCCUGGUGGUGAAGUAGAGCUGCCUCCUCAAGAAGCUGAAAGUGUCACAGAGGAGAUAAAGAGGAGCUCUGACUCAGAAGAAGCAUUUGAGACCCCAGAAUCCACUACACCAGUCAAGGCUCCUCCAUCACCUCCACAGCCACCACCUGACACAGCAGCAGCCAUCGUAGCAGACACAGCAGAGCAAGAAAUAAAGCCUCAGCUGCCCCUGGAAGACACAGGAUUACCUCCUGAAACUGUCCCUGUAACUGAUGUGUCACACAGUGAGUCAGUUGAAGAAAGCCCUUUCCGUCCCCCUUGUCAUUCUUUCUCCACCGUCUUCGAUGAGGACAAGCCAAUAGCCAGCAGUGGAACUUACAACUUGGACUUUGAUAACAUUGAGCUGAUUGAUUCUCUCCAUGCCUUAGGACCGAGCUCUCCAGAAUUGAAGCAUCGUGACCCCAAAGCGAAUGUUCGAAGAAAAUCUACCGAUUCAGUGCCAGUUUCCAAAUCUACAUUAUCUCGGUCCCUUAGCUUGCAAGCUAGUGAUUUUGAUGGAGCAUCCUACCUUGGCAACAGCGAGACACUAGCGCCGGCAGCAGAUGCUUAUGGUACUGGUUCAAGCAGUGCUUCCAGUACCCUUAAGCGAACAAAGAAAUCCAGGCCCGCUUCCUUAAAAAAGAAGCAGCCAGCAAAAAAAUCCCUGGAUGCUCCGCUGGUGAAGGAAGCGCCACAAGAACCUCCUGACCUUGGCCAAGCAGCUUCUGCAGGUGAGGAGAAACCAGCACCUGAAGCAAAAGCUGACUCAGUAAAACCCGAGUAUACUGACCCUUCUAAAACCUCUGCUGAGAAACAGGAGGCCUCGGCUGUGCCUGAGGGAUCCUACCCUUUGGAUCCAGACAAUUUGGAAGGGAUUAGUGCUUUUAGCACUGGAGGCAGCAAAGUGCAAAACUCACCCCCUGCCAAUAAGAAAACGCUACCUCUUACACCUGCACCGGAGGCUGGGGAGGUGACUCCGUCGGACACUGGGGGGCAAGAGGAUCCUCCAGCCAAAGGUGUUGUGGUGAGGCUGGAAUUUGAUUAUUCGGAAGAAAAAGGGAUUGGUGAAGAGCAGCAGGAGAGCGCUCCUCCUCCUAAAAAAGCAGGUAAAAAGCCUGGUGCUAAAAUGCCGCUACGGAGGCCAAAGACUAAAAAGUCAGUGGAAAAGCUUGACAAUGCUCCGACCACACCGACAAAGACACCCACUGAUCCAAACGAAAUCCCUAUCACAAAAGGAUCCUACACUUUUGAUAUUGACAAGUGGGAUGAUCCCAAUUUUAACCCGUUCUCCUCUAGUACAAAAAUGCAAGAAUCUCCCAAACUGCCUCAGCAAACGUACAGUUUUGAUCCAGACGUGUGCGAGGACUCCAUUGACCCUUUCAAGUCUUCUUCUAAGAUUGCCAACUCACCCACUAAAUCUCCAGCCUCCUUUGAGAUACCAGCCAGUGCCAACGAAACAAACGGAACUGAUGGAGACAACUUGAAUAAACCUGCAAAAAAGAAGAAGACGCCACUAAAGACUGAUACAUUUAGGGUGAAAAAAUCACCAAAAAGAUCUCCACUAUCUGAUCCUCCUUCUCAGGAUCCCACCCCACUGCCUACCCCAGAAACGCCUCCUGUCAUAUCUGCAGUGGUUCAUGCAACAGAUGAGGAGAAACUGGCGGUGACCAGCCAGAAAUGGACCUGCAUGACUGUGGACCUGAGCACGGACAAGCAGGAUUACCCACAGCCCUCUGAUCUGUCCACAUUUGUCAAUGAGACCAAGUUCAGCUCUCCUACAGAGGAAUUGGAAUAUGGCAACUCAUAUGAAAUAGAAUAUAUGGAGAAAAUAGGCUCCUCUGUGCCUCAGGAUGAUAGCACCCCGAAGAAACAAUCUUUAUACCUAAUGUUUGAUGCACAGCAAGAGAGCCCAGUCAAAUCGCCUCCCGUCAGACUGUCCGAUUCCACCACGCCAUGCUCAGGGUCAAGUUUUGAAGACCCUGAAGCCCAGCAAUCCUCUGGAAUGAAAAUACAACAUCCAGCUUCUCGAGUCCUUGCUGCCAGCCAAGAGGCACACUUACAGUCACCAGACAAGUCAAAACAGAAGGACUUAGAGCCCAUGACACUAGGAACAACCCCAGAGACUAUUGAAAUAACAUCUCCUGAAGACUCCUUUGUCUCUGCUGAUGCUCUUCUCAACAGGAUAUCUAAGAAAACAUCAAUAUGUGAUCAACCUGAAUAUCUAGAUCCUGACUUAGCUGAAAAGAACCCCCCAGUAUUUGCUCAGAAACUUCAGGAGGAGUUAGAGUUUGCUGCAAUGAGGAUAGAAGCACUGAAGUUAGCCAGGCAGAUUACCCUGUCUUCUUUCCGCUCCUUAGAUGCCGAGAGAGAACCUGCUAUCCCAGCAGAUGUUUCCAUCUCUAAAAGUGUGCUGUACUCACGGAUCGGCGCUUCGGAUGCAGAAGGCACCACGAGUCUUCUCUACCCCCAGCAAGACUUGGAUGCUGCACUACGACUUGCCAGAGCAGAGAUUGUGGCCAAGGAAAGAGAAGUAUCUGAGUGGAAAGAGAAAUAUGAAGAAAGCAGAAGGGAAGUGAUGGAAAUGAGGAAAAUAGUUUCAGAAUAUGAGAAGACGAUUGCUCAGAUGAUAGAGGAUGAGCAGAGAGAGAAGUCUGUCUCCCAUCACACGGUUCAGCAGCUGAUCGUGGAGAAGGAGCAAGCGCUGGCGGAUCUGAACUCAGUGGAGAAAUCCCUGGCAGAUCUUUUCAGGAGAUAUGAAAAAAUGAAGGAAGUGUUGGAGGGGUUUCGAAAGAACGAAGAAGUAUUAAAGAAAUGUGCGCAAGAGUAUUUAUCACGAGUAAAGAAAGAAGAACAGAGGUAUCAAGCACUCAAAAUCCACGCCGAGGAAAAACUGGACAGAGCCAAUGCUGAAAUUGCACAAGUGAGAGGCAAGGCUCAGCAAGAGCAAGCAGCUUAUCAGGCCAGCCUUCGUAAAGAGCAGCUGAAGGUGGACGCAUUGGAAAGAACACUGGAACAGAAGAAUAAAGAGAUAGAAGAGUUAACAAAGAUUUGUGACGAACUGAUUGCCAAAAUGGGGAAAAGCUAACUUUUAACCAAAAUUCUGGACUUCAACACUGAGUGCAAUAUGACCAUUGGCACACUGAUGUCCAUACAUUUAUGUGGACGGGUUAUAUUUUCACUUUUUCGUAUGCACUACUGUAUUUUCUUUCUAAAUAAAGUUGAUUUAAUUGUAUGCAGUACUAAGAUGACUAUCAGAAUUUCUUGCUAUUGUUUGCAUUUUCAUAGUAUAAUUCAUAGCAAGUUGAUCUCAAAGUUCCUGUAUCAGGGAGAUUGUCAAGUUCUCUAAGAAAUUACAAAUUGCUGAUCCUAGCCUUCCCUUUGUACAUGAGUUCCCAUGUUGGAUGUCUUUUGGAUUUAAUAUAAACAUGUAUUACUUGCAUGGGGACUCUUGCCUUAAGGAGUGUAAACUUUAUCUGCAUUUGCUGAUUUGUAAAAUAAAAUGAAAAAUGAAAAAAAAAAAUCAAGAUGCAUGUCACUUAAAUGAAAUUCUCUAUUGUAAAUAAAUUUUUUCGUUGGAAGUUGAAAACAAGUGGCUUUAUUUUGUGUAUUUUGCUUGCUGACUACUUUUGCUGUGCCAGGUACAGCGGGGUUUGGUAAGGAACUCCUUGCCCAAUGAUGGGAUUGGCCACAAGGUCAUACUGCCUGUGAGCACCUAUUUCUAUAUCCUGCAUUCCCUACAAAUAUAUAUGCUAGAUUUGGACCUUUCUGUCCUCGGGUUUGAGCUUAAUCCAAUGGGAAUGACUGAUUCUCUCACCCUGGUCCAGAAGAGCACGUAGGGAAGUGAGGCUGUUUGUCUGUGUUGGGUGCUGUGACAUGAGGUGGUUUUUAAGCAAAUCUGUUGUUGAGUGAACACAUUUUGUUCUUCCUGCCAAUGGAAGAAUUUGCUGCCACAUUUGUGGAGAUGCAGUGUGUGUGAUUAGAAGUACACCCAGAAUAAGCUAGAUAAGCAGCAUUC